UUGGGAUAAAGGUUGUAGCAGCAGCAGCAGCCACGAAAGCCUCUCGCAAUCCAGUCGAAGGGUUUUCCUGACUGAGUGCAGACUACAACCAAACUCUGCCGGCUGCGACAAUUCUGCAUUUUGGUGCGGUGGGUGGAAAGAAGACUCGGUGUGGAGGCUCUACCAGCUGGUGCACCUGCUAAAUGAAGAGGAGAACGUAGCUUUGGAUCACCGACUUUGAACUGAACAACUGCAGCAACAUGACGGCUGCCGCAAAACUUUUGGAUGAGAUGUGUCAUCUGACGGCUCAGUCUCUGAACUCAAUGGACACAUCAGAGCACUUCAAGGUCCUGAAGCUGCUGGGUGAAGGCUCAUAUGGAAAGGUUAUGCUGGCUGUACACAGAAAGAGAGGUACUCCGAUGGCUCUGAAGUUCUUCCCUCGUGACUCUACUUCUCUGUUCUCUUUCCUGAGGGAGUAUAACCUCUCCCUGUCAUUCUGUACACACCCAUCCCUGACCAGAGCUCUGGGAAUAGCCUAUUCCACACCAUCACACUACAUCUUUGCUCAGCAAGCCAGCCUCUUCGGUGAUCUGUACGAAGUCAUCAUACCUGAGCUUGGUAUGGAGGAGGACUGCUGUCAGCGGGUGGUGUCUCAACUGUGUGGUGCGCUUUCCCACCUGCACUCUCUUGGUUUUGUCCACAGAGAUCUCAAACCAGAAAACGUCUUCCUUUGUGACUCUGCCUGCCGCUGGGUCAAACUGGGAGACUUUGGCAUGGUAAAGUCCAGGGGAACCAGGAUCCCAGAAGUCUGGUACAGUUCUCCUUACUGCACCCCCGAGGCUGAGGUUGCUCGAGGAAACAAUGACAGCAGCAAUAUAACUGAUGGAAAUGAUGGCAUCAAGGAUGGUGAAGAGAAGAAGAAAAAGAGAGUUUGGGUUUCCGUGGAGCCAAGUACAGACAGCUGGGCACUGGGCAUCCUGACAUAUGCCAUGCUUACCGGCAGCCACCCCUGGGCUGAAACAGCCAGUGACUGCCACUCAUACCUGAAAUAUCAAGAGUGGUUUGAAAGAAGUAAAAGCCCCAACGAUGAACUGGACGUAUGGGCUGAGCCACAAACAGAGAGCCCGCAGGAUCUGGAUGAGGCUGGACUGGAAAAGAAGAAGCACAUUCCCAAAGCUCCCCAGUUUGCAUGUUUCACCCAUUUGGCCUGUUCCUUUUUCCAGUCACUCCUCAACCCACGGCCACAGCUACGUAGGCAACCUGAUGAGGCUUUGAGUUACCUGGGAGGAGACUGGAUGAUGGAGAAAGAGAGGGUGAGGCUGGAGAAGGCGCGUAAGAAGAGUAGAGGGAAAGGAGGGAUCAGAAACAUGAAAGAGAUGGAGGGGAGAGGAGAGCGUUAAGUUAACAAAGUCUACCAAAACUAAGCUGAAAGAGACAAAUGUCUUUCUAUGCUCUUUUCUGUCUUCACUUUAACCUUACAAAAGCCUCACACUCCUGGAGUUCUCUUCCUGUUAAAAGGAGUUCUUCCUCCCUACUCUCACCAAGUGCUGACUGAUAGGGGAUCAUUGGGGUUCUCCCUCUGAUACCGUGGAGGCUUCACCGUAAUCACAAAGCACCUUGAGACAACUUUUGUUGUGACUGCCCACAUUAAAAAGUGAAUUGAAUAGAAAUUACAUUUGAAAGUUGAGCACAUACGAUUUAUGUUAUUCACAAGUUAAUUUUGUAACUUUACAUCACUGCUUUUUAAAUUCUUUCUGUUUUUCUGUUGCAUAGAUUAACACAAAAAAAAUACUACACUAUGGCCAAUGCUGAGGUAAGCUUCUAUUACAUUUAACUGCGAGCCAUCAGGUUGUGUAAGGGAAAGGAAGCAGGUGGUCGAUGUGUUAGAAGAAAAAAAAAAAUCACCUCCCACAUGUUUAACCUCUAAACAUUAAGAAAACAACUUUGGAAAAAUUCCCCUUGUUAAAACAAAACUCCAUGGUUUAUGGGGAAUUUGCUUUCUGGGAAACUGUCGGUUAGUGAGGAAGUCUAACAGCUGCUUGAUUCACAUCAAAUAAAUGAAAAAUAUUUACUUUAACCAACAUUUUAAAUGACCAGUGUAGAAACAGCUGUAGGCAUCAAGAUUAUUUGCAUUAACUGGUGUGUAACUAGUCUGUUUAGUGUGUAAUGAUCACAUAACUUCUGCAAAGCACUGCAUCUAUAUUUGACUCUAGAUUUCAGAGAGUAUAAUACGUCAUAGCAGGCUAUGAACUGUAAAUAGACCGCAGCAGAGCCAAGUCAUAAACACCUCUGAGGUCCACUUUAGACCACGGAGGGGGUUUUGACUGUUUGGUUUUUGGCUUUAAAAAACAGUUUUCUGAAAGUAAUAAUAUAUAUUAACACUUUAAUAGCACUUUUAUACCCUAAAAUGCUUACAAAGUUUAGCUAAUGUAACUCAUUAUUAUUGUUAUUAUCUAUCACUAAGCUCUUGGCAGCUCAUGUGUAGCAUUUUAUGCGCAACCAAAAGACUAAUUUUGUUUUAUUUUGUAUUGUAAAACAUUAUAAAAUAUAAAAAUUAUUAUACAUAAUAAUGAUAACAGUGCAAUAUCUUACUGAGACUGUGUAAAUACUUCUGUAGCUGUAUAAUGAUAUAUUGUUUAUAAAGUAUACUUUUAAUGUAAUAAAAUUAUUUUUAUAUAUAU